GUGACGCUUCGCUUUUAAACAUGGCCGACCUCGAAAAAACAAUCAUGGAAGUGGACAAGGGGAAAAACAAACCGUUCGUAAAUCAAGUGAAGGCGCAGCUUGACGAUGCCACCCACAUAACAGACAAGCGGAGGAGUCCGGAAGCUAUUAACCAGUCGGCUGAAAGCUGCUCCACAGCGGAAUACUGUGAGAAGCUCCAGGCAUGGAUGUGGCAGUACUACAGUGGAUAUGUGAACUGGCAGAGCUGGCUGUUAGCUUCAGUCCCUCCCUGCUUACAGCAGCCCAGCGGAACGUCCACUGCUCUUGUUUUUAGCGCUCAGAACGGACAAAAUGCUCCCUUUGGUCUGCCACUGUUGCCUUAUCCACCUACUACCAGCUUCCCGAGCAGCCGGGCGGGAGAAACCGCUGCCGGAGCCCCAGCGGCCGCUGGGCAGCAGCGGGAUCAGGGGAAUGCUCAAAGACAGGGUCGAGAGUACAGCAUUCCUUCACCUCUCCAAAGACUUAUGGCAGAGAUUGUGGAUUUCUUCAUAUUGUUUUUCAUAAAAGCAACCAUAAUUAUCAGUAUCAUGCACUUAAGUGGAAUUAAAGAUGUUUCCAAAUUCGCCAUGCAUUUCAUCGUGGAGGAAAUUGAUGAAGACACGUCAAUGGAGGAGCUGCAGAAAAUGAUGCUUGUGGCCCUCGUGUAUCGGAUUUUAGUUUGUUUUUAUGAGAUUAUUUGCAUUUGGGGAGCUGGAGGCGCCACUCCGGGGAAAUUCCUCAUUGGACUCAGAGUCGUUACGUGCGAUUCGUCGGUUCUGGUUCAGCCCAAUAGAGUGCUAGUAGUGCCAGCAACUAAUGUUUCCCUGUCAGCGUCAACUGUCCGAGCCUUGAACAAGAACUUCUCCAUAGCUUUCUUUUUCCCAGCCUUUAUCACGCUUCUCUUCUUCCAGCACAACAGAACUGUCUACGACAUGGUGGCUGGUACGAUAGUUGUCAACCGCUCCAGAGUCAGAUGAUGCUGUAAUGAAGGACAGGAAGAGGAUGGAUAAAUUAAAUUGCAAGAGUAAAAUAACAAAACGGUGACAUUGCUGUGAAGAGAAGACAUGUGGGACAGGUGCUGCGUGUGGAACACUUACUGAGGUUCUCUAAUGGAUCACUGCGUGGAGGUUCUGCGUUCGCAGUCUGUUUUAUGCCAAAUCUUAGCUGUAUUUAACACAGGAGGAAUGAAAGUGAACACAUUUCCCUUUCAGUUAACACAAGCUUUGCCUUAUUUGAUAUCUUCUCCCUAUUACAGCUGGAAGCCAUGCCUGGAUCAGUGUUUGACUUUCUACUAAUGUAUUUAUGUUCUUGUAUCCCUCAGUAUCUCUUUGCAUCACAGGCAUGUUCACUGUAUUAAAUGAAACCCAAACAUCAGUUGUAGAAAAAUACCAAAAUAGGAGAUAUUUUAUUAUAUUUAAAAUUAAAAAGUAUGCUAAUUGAUACCAGAAACAUUUCAGAAAAAAAUACUU